UGCUGCUGCUGAUGGAGGAGGCUGCUGCAUUCAUGGCCGUGCAGAACUGUUUGUCUGCACAACCAGCAUCGACCGUGUUUAUAAAGGCGCUUUGUGCAUAGUUAAUCCGCUCUGAUGUCACGGUGCAGAAGGAGGGGCUGAGCUUUCCGCUUUAAUCCGAGCAGGUUGUCUGGAGGGACAAAACCAAGCCGGACCGGGCGAGACACCGCGGGGACAUGGGCGAUGUGCACUUCAGCGGUCGGAGCCGGGCCUCUCCUCCACUGACAUGCAGGUUUUGCUUUUGAGUGGCAUUUCUUUGAAGAUGAGCAUGUUCUGAAAACCGGAGACAAAACAUACACUAACAAUGAGUAGUAUCAGGGACUAUCAGGGAGACGCAGCGGGGGAGGCAGGAGAGGAGCAAACCACAGCUUCUGCGCCUCCGAAGAGCAGGCAACCCAACGGGAACUCUGGCGAACACCCUGUCCGUCGGUCCUGGAGGCCGUGUCAGAUGCAACACCAGGACGAGGAAAUGAAUCCCCACCACCAUCAUCGUCAUCAUCAUCAUCCUCCUCACCACCACCAUCACCCUGCAGGUCGUGGACCCCCUCGUCACCGCCGGAGGCCUCAAUCCGGCCAAGGGCAGAGCCAAGGCCAGGCUCAGAGUCCAGGUGUGGACCCGCCCGUGUUCCCUUCCCGGUCGGACAGAGGGGAGAGUCAGGAUGCCGAGCACCGUCCCGUCCAGCAGCACCGCCCCGCUGUCACCCGCUACCGCCGCCAUGGCGACCCCAACCCCAGACUGAGGAAUCCCAGACAGAGGCAGCCCUUCCGAGAGAACCAGGAUUCUUCACCUGGUGUGGAGGAAAGAGCAGGUCCAGCAGAGGUGCAGGCGCAGCACUGCCCGUCAGUCGACCUGGACUCUGUAGCCGACCUGUCACAGGAGAGGGCAUCGCCUCACAUGACUCCAGUCGCUGUCGUUACCCCUACCCACCUCGCAACUGCUCCGGAAAUGCCUAACCUGCAACAUCACCCCCAACUUGCUUCUGCUGAUGCAGAAGAAGACCUCCAUGAGCGUGAAGCAGAGUGUGAAGAGGACUCAAAGGAAGUUAAAGAGGACAAAGGAGAAGAAAAACAGGCGGCGAAUGAGGGAGACUUUCAUUCAACAGCAGACCAAUCCGGCUUUAGCCACGAUGACAAAGCAGAGGGAGAAGCCCAAAGGGUGGAGGAAGAUCAGGAAGUUGUGAUGGACAAUCCGGAAGAGGAUCCUGCAGCUCAGGGAAGUGAAAUCACAGAUCUGUGCUCGGACACAGAAAGUGCUGCCUCUCUCAGCAUGGACGGACCUCUCCACAGCCCACCACCGCUCCACUCACCAACUCCUCCUUCCUCCCCCGAGGUUCCUCCUUUCCCACAAGUGGAUCACUUCAGUGAGGACAUCAGCAUGAGUUCUCCCCCAGACAACGAACCCGUACCUGAAGAUGACGAUGAAGAGGAGGAUUGCUCUGAAUCAUGUUCGCUGUCUCACUCUACUUCUUGUUCUGAAUCUUAUCCAAAAACCUAUGCAGAGUUUUACACAGAAUCCCACCAGAAGUCUUACGAAGACCCAAUCUACGAAUCCUACUCUGAGCCAAAAUGCCAUCCAAACUCUUUCCCCGAGCCUCUGAAGACCUCGUACCCCGAGUUACACAGAGAACCUCGUCAGCCAUCUGGCCGGAUGAACGAGCCCAACAAGGCCCAGCACGAACCCUGCCAGGAGUCCUUUACCAGUCAUAGACUGGAGAAUGUAACAAAAGGGUCUCCAUCCUCAUCCACCGAGGGCUCUUAUCACGCUCCGAGGCAGAAUAGAGACCGCUGUUCACGUCACUCCCCUCUGGAUCGCUCUGUCGGCUGCCGGCUGCACCACUACGACGGACAGUCUGACGGUGAAGGGGACGGUGCAGAUAAAAGCCCUCUUUCCAAAGGCGGUGGGCAGUCGCCCAGAAAACCACACACCCAAACCAAUACCCUCUAUCCCGGGCAAACCGGCGAGAUCCACAACGAGCGGAACGUGGUGGGUCUCGCAGGAGAAGCUGCAAAGAGCUCAGGAGACGCCAUCAGCCUGGCGAUAAAAGACAUCAAGGAGGCGAUUGAGGGAGUGAAGACUAAGACGGUGCGCUCGCCCUACACACCCGACCAGCCCGUGGAGCCAAUCUGGGUGAUGAGGCAGGAGAUCAGCCCAAUGGAGGACGUGUACCCGCUGCAAGCUACAACCGGCCAUUCUUCUCCUCACUCUCCCUCUCAGUCGGCGUCAGAGUCUCCGUGCCGAUACCCCCCAGCUCCACUUCGGGAAAACGUCAGUCCUCUGAGGGCCGAGUCGUCCAGAAAACUCAACCCACAGCAUUAUCAUCAACAGCAGGCGCAACACGGCCACCACCACCACCCUCACCACCACCAUCACCAAGGCUCCCAGCCACCGCAGAGGGACGCCGCAAGGGCACCGCAGGGGUACACACAUCCACAAACGUACACGCCUGCAACGCCGAAUCAGCAACAACCGUGUCAACGUCAGCAGCAGCAGCAGCAGCAGCAGCAGCAGCAGCAGCAGCAGCUGCCUCCUGCUCAACCGUCACAAACACAAGCUCAGCCUCAGUCGCCGUCUCAGCAACCGUCUGUCCAGGAGAUACGCAAAGCUCUUCCUCCCUUUCCCACAUUUGUUGACGUGCCGGGGCCGUGCGAUCCCGAGGACCUGAUUGACGGUAUCAUCUUUGCAGCGACGUACCUGGGCUGCACGCACCUGCUGUCAGAGAGGACGCCUUCAAAGAGCGCCCGCAUGCAGCAGGCUCAGGAGGCCAUGACCAGAGUGCGGGCUGCUCACAAACAGGGGAAAAACAGGAAAAAGAGCCCCGACGGCGAGGCUCCGACCACGGCGGAGGUCGACCUGUUCAUGUCCACCCAGAGGAUCAAAGUCCUCAAUGCAGACACGCAGGAGUCUUUAAUGGACCUCCCCCUGAGGACUAUAUCCUACAUAGCCGACAUCGGUAACAUGGUGGUUCUCAUGGCGAGGGGGAAGAUGGUGCGGUCCCGCAGUGCACAGGACAACCUGGACCACACGGAGGAGACAACCAACAUGACCCACGACGACAGACGGCUGUACAGAAUGAUCUGCCACGUUUUUGAGUCCGAGGAUGCCCAGCUCAUCGCUCAGUCCAUCGGACAGUCUUUCAACGUGGCGUACCAGGAGUUCCUCAGGGCCAACGGCAUCGACCCCGACGACCUGAGCCAGCGAGAGUACAGCGACCUGCUCAACACUCAGGACAUGUACAAUGAUGACCUCAUCCAUUUUUCCAAGUCCGAGAACUGUAGAGAUGUUUACAUUGAGAAGCAGAAAGGCGAGAUCCUGGGUGUGGUGAUCGUAGAGUCGGGCUGGGGCUCCAUCCUGCCCACCGUCAUCAUCGCCAGCAUGAUGCACGGUGGACCGGCCGAGAAGUCCGGCAGACUCAACAUCGGAGAUCAGAUCAUGACCAUAAAUGGGACAAGUCUGGUGGGUUUACCUCUUAGCACCUGCCAGAGUAUCAUCAAGGGUCUGAAGUCUCAAUCCAGGAUCAAGAUGAACAUUGUCAGGUGUCCUCCGGUCACUAUGGUGCUCAUUCGCAGGCCGGACCUCCGAUAUCAGCUGGGCUUCAGCGUCCAGAACGGCAUAAUCUGCAGCUUGAUGAGGGGAGGCAUCGCUGAGAGAGGAGGCGUCCGCGUCGGGCACCGCAUCAUCGAGAUCAACAGCCAGAGCGUUGUGGCGACACCUCACGAGAAGAUCGUUCAGAUCCUGUCCAACGCCAUGGGAGAGAUCCACAUGAAGACGAUGCCUGCAGCCAUGUACCGUCUGCUGACAGCACAGGAACAGCCCGUAUACAUCUGAAUACACACCUUGCUCUCUUUUCACAUCACUGAUUGUCUUUCCAUGUGUCCACCCCUCUCUCUCUCAGAUGUUUUAAACCCCCUAUGCUGCCUGUAUCCCCUUUGAUAUCACUUGACUUGCCUUAAUCUGUACAAUUGACUGUCAUGUAAACAUGUACAUCUACAGUGUGACAGCAGAAGGCAGAUCAUCUCACUAGGCUGAGUGUUAAUGUGACAUUUUAUGUUCGACCAAAGAUGAUUUUGUGAGUUUUCUUGUGCAUAUUUAGUUUGCAAAACAGAGUCAAUAUUAGCUUUCGGUUAAAUAGCUGUAAUAGCUGAAUGUACUCAAAUUAUGAUGGACCUAUAAGUCAGAGUGACCCAAGUGAGAAGUAACUCUGAAGGGAACUUGCAGGUAAAGAGGAAUGCAUGUACAAAUCUACAGAAUAAACAGAAGAAAAGUCAGUAAACUCUGGUUUGUUUUGUUCAACGUGAAGUGAAAUCAGUCUUGGUUGUAAAAAAAUCCUGCUGUUCAUUGUGGAAACAUUCAUGUGUAUAAACAUCA